AUGAGCAAAGCCACCGAGCCUGCAGAGACGGCUUUUUCGACGACCCAUCUUCUGACUCAACUCGCCCCAGAAUCUCUGAAGGGCGAAGCCGAAGGCCAGGAGACGGCUGACGGGCACUGCGGUGGAGAUCGGCUCACCAUCGAAAUUCUGCAUCCCUCAAGGAAGUUAGUCCCAGGGGGGGCCUCCGAAACGGUGAUAUCUUCAAUAUCCUCACUAAAAGUUGAGACUCCAAUUCAUUUGGAGGCAAACCGAGGUGCAACCCUCGGAGAAGUUACAAGGAUUAAGAGAGAUAACGCGGCAGAGAGGCUGAAAGCCUGCCUAUUACAAUUAGAUAAUGUUGAAGAGAUUUUGCAAGAGGCGCCUACUUUACCAGAAACGGAAAGGCAGAAAUGUGGAGGGGAUGUCGACGUACAGAAGACGCGCAUCACCUGUGCGUCAGCCGAGGUCCUCGAAAGAACAUCAUGUCUCCUGUAUAAACCGCUGGUAGAUCAAAUGGAGAAGUCUGUUCCGGAACAUGCCACAUUGGGAGAGAUGGAUCGAGUUAUUGAAAAGAUUGCCGAAGACGUAACUUUAAUGGGAAUCGAGGAACUGUCUCAGCCUGGCCUCGAUGCACUAGUGAUGGAGGAUAUGCUUGACGAGUACCUCAGAAAAAACAAUGCAGCACUAGAAUUUACUGCCGCCAAGCAUCUUUGUGCCCUGAACGAGAAUUCUAAUAGCUGA